AUCACUUCUCAUCAAGUAAUUAUGUGAAUGUCGGAGAAAAAAAGAUGUUUCACCUAAUUUUGAUCUCUUCUACCGCGGCAGUGACGGCGGUGGUCUUCAAAAAAAGUAUAAUAGGAGCAUGUCGAUGCUGCUUUGGGUGUCUUAUUAACUUUUGGAAUACGGUGAUACGGAGAAAACGUCGAUCUUGUCAAUCGACCCCCUCAGUUCCAUAUGAUAAACAACGCAGUACAAGCAUUAGUAGUGAUGAAACAGAAGCAAUUUUAAUAGGAGAUAUAAAUCCAGACCCACCUCUUUCACCUACAGAUAGUUCUCCACCAACUACACCUACAUCACCAAAUGCGCAAGUAUCACCAGAAAUUUUAUCCACUGUUGAAGAAGAAAGGACAUCUCAAAUUUCGACUGAUAACACAUCUUCCCUACAUGCUGUCGAACUAGUAGCCGGAAGCCUUGUUGAUAUCGCAUCCCAAUUUUCUCUUGAUAGAAUAAGUGAAAAAUCUGGGGAAUCUGCAGGAUCAAAAUCAAAAAAACAUUCUCCGAGCAAAUCGCCAGAACAGAAGUCUGAAAAGUCUGAUUGUGUUCAUGUGGAUAUUGGUGAGGAGCAAGUUUCUUUCACAGUUGUAAAAGAGAGGAGAAGUCCAAAACGUAAAUCUCCAGAGAAGCUUCCCUUACCUACAUCUUACAGUCCGGAAAAAGGUUCAUUGAAACCAAGUCCACCAAAGAGGCCGCCACCAAGACCUCAAUCUCCUGAUAUUCAAGUUUGCAAACCAAAAUUCACAGACAAACCUAGUAGGCCAGUGAACAGUAACUUCAGUUACGCUCAGAUCGCUUCCAAUUCUGCCCAAGCGAACGAAGGAAUUGAUGUUGAUCAGGAAGCUGCCCUUUUCGCCAUAAAAGAACCAGAGCCACCAAAACGACCAACAUUAAGACAGAUCCAACAAGACUCGUCAGAAAGUAAUUCUGAUGCACCAGUAAUAUUCCAGACGAUAUCCGAAGUUCACAGGGCCGAUUCGACAGAAUCUGACUAUUCAGAAGAAGCAAAACUACCACCAUCUGAACCCAAGCCCGAAGAUACAGGAGUGGACCAAAGCAGCACAGCUGAGAGUAGUUCUGAUGCACCACCAGUAAUAUUCCAGACGAUAUCCGAAGUCCACAGGGCCGAUUCGACAGAAUCUGACUAUUCAGAAGAAGCAAAACUACCACCAUCUGAACCCAAGCCCGAAGAUACAGGAGUGGAACAAAGCAGCAAGGCUGAGAGCAGGAAAGACGAAACAGAGAAAGAUACUAAGCAAUCUUCAGAAAACGAAGGUGAAACUAAACAGGAAGAAGACAAGGAAAGACAUAUCCCAGCAGAGAGGCCAUCUAGUGUUGCUGAGCCAAACGUUGACGACGAACCUUCAGAAAGUAUAGAGGAAUCACAGCAAACAGAGAUAAACGUAUCAAGCGUUGUGCUAGCAAGGCCACCAACUGCAGUUGAAGAAAUAAGAUCCGAUAACAUCACAAGUGAACAACCACCUGUUUCGGUUGACAAUAAGCCUGACUCGCCCUUACAGCAACAAAUUAGGAUUGAAAUAGACUCCUGCAGCUCUAAUUCGAUUUCUGCAUCGAAUUCCGGAAAGGACCCAGCACUGCUUGGCUUCCAAUCGAGGGAGGACACUUUGGAUGACCUUUCCGACAUUUCAAACAGAGAAGUAAGGAACUAUUCGGGUGAAACUGACAGCGAAGCCAACUCAAGAUCUGAACAAAUAAGUUUGAGUUCUUUUAAUAUCACCAGUGCCAGUGGACAACAGCCUACCGGUUCUCCGUCCCCAGUAGAAGACUAUGAUUCUCACCCGAACAGAAUCAAGAUUCAAAUAGACACCUGUAGCUCGAAUUCGAUUUCAACUCCUGCAUCCGGGAAUAUUCCAGAUUUAUUCAGGCCUAAACUGAGAGACAAUACUUUGGAGGACAUUUCGGAGAUUUCAAACCGAGAAGUAAGAAUUGACCCGAGUGAAAUUGAGGCAAACUACGGAUCUGAGCAGUUAAGCUUGGGUACAGACAACAGCACAAGUGGUGGUCAACCAGUUUCUAGUGAACCAUCAGUGAGUGAAGACAACAAGCAGAGUAGUAACAUUGAUGUAGAGCCUUGUAGCGCCAUCUCAACUACAGAGUCAAACUCGCAACAGGAUCCAUCUUCAAUUGAAUAUCGUAGAUUUACAUGUGAAACGGUUUCGGAGGUCUCAAACGAAGAAGAAAAGGUCCAACCAGGUCAAACCGAAACAAGCACCAGUUCGGAACAGGUAAACACCGGUGCUGACGUUGGUGACCAAGCCCAAUCAGUCGAAACUAGUAGCGCGAGUAUCUCAACAGAGAAGUCGACCGAAACAGAACCAUCAGUUACAGACAAACCAAGCGAAGGAACGACAGAAGGAUCGCGCGAAAGCAGUUUCAGAAAAAAGAACAAAAAAAAGAAAAAGGGAAAGAAGAAGAAUCAGGGAUCAUCAAACACUACCUCACCUUCGACACAACCGUCAGCUAUACUAGAAGAAAAUACUCCCGAAUUGGCACAACCAAGCCUUGAGGAAGGGGCCGCAGAUUCUAAUAUCUCCAUCAGUUCGGUGGUCGUAGUAGAAGAGGGAUACAUUCAGGAGGGAGAGGAAGUCGAGAACACAGAGAUCAACAUACCGGCGCACAGAGAAGAAGGAGAAGAAAUUCCAAUUAAAGUUGAGAAAAACUUUGGGUAUCUACGAAAUCAGAAAAUGGAGCAGGUUAGGGUUCUGACACUCAACGAUAAGGAAUUCCAUGAGAGCGUACUGUUCAGACUGGAGCAGGAUUGGAUAAUUGAAUUUCGGUUGGGCCCCACAUUGUUCGGAAGGAAAAUUGACGUCUUUUGUAAUUUUCCGACAGAAGAAGGUAAAACAUUGAAGGAGUUUGAUAGGAAUGAGUACCGGAAAUUGGAAUGGCUGCAAGAUGGAGGUACAGAUAAUUCUGAUGAUACAGCACUUUACGCUCAAGUCAAGUGCAGCAUUUCUGGGAAUUUCCAGUAUUAUUUGAAGGAUAACAACUCGAAAGAUGAACCACUUCGUGGUUCUGGUUACUUUUUGGUGGAUCCCAUAUUAACAUACGGUGAUAACGAAAACUUACCCCUUGAUUGUGUUCAAUGUCAGACUGUAAUUACAAAACAUUUGGGUUCGUUCUCAUCCUGGGAAUCUAAAUUGAAGGUUUCUAAAGAAAGUGGCUACAACAUGGUGCAUUUCACACCCAUUCAAGAACUCGGAGAAUCUAACUCUGCCUACUGCCUCAAUGACCAUCUCAAAAUGAACCCUUCCUUCAGGAAAGAAAAUGGUGAUAUGCCCACUUUUGAUGAAUUGAGAGCUCUAAUCCAGAAAAUGAAGAAAGAAUGGAAGGUCAUUUCGAUUUGCGACAUUGUCCUGAACCAUACGGCCAACAAAACUCCCUGGGUACUGGAACAUCCGGAAGCAACAUACAAUUGCCUCAACUGCAAGUACCUGAGACCCUCCUACUUACUUGAUGCUGCUUGCAGCGUUUUUCAAAGGGAAGUAAAAGAGGGACUUUAUGAAACUAGGGGAAUCCCGCCGGUUAUCGACACUGUAGAUCAUUUAAAUGCUAUGCGAUACCAUCUGAUGGAGUUUCUCCUGAGAGAUUUAAGAUUACACGAACUUUACAUCUGCGAUGUGAAUGCUUAUGUCUCCAAAUUUAUGGAAAUGGCCCGACAACGUCAACCAGAUGAAGAAGCUAAAGAGAACGUUGAGUUGAACAUUAUACAAGAUCCCGACUAUAGAAGAAUGGCAUCUUCAGUCGACAUGGAAUUGGCCAUGAAAAUUUACAACAUAUACAGGCCCGGUUGCUUUGAUGAAGAUGCCAGAUUGAGAAGUUCUUGCGAACAGUUCAAGAACAAAUUAGACGCUCUCAAUCGAACCAUUACCGAUAGAAUCCAAGACCAUUUGAAUGUGGCAGUAAAUAAUAUAUGUGAAGGUGUUAACUAUUGGUGGGUAUCUUCAGGAGGUCCAAAGCUGGAAGAAAUAACCAUCCAACAUCCUUUAAUACCAAGGUAUUUCACUGAUUAUGGUGAACCCAAGAGUUUGAAGGAACAUGAGGAUGUUAUGUACAGUGAAAAUAGCAGGUUCUUGAUGGCUCAUAAUGGUUGGAUUAUGGGAGGAUAUGAUUGUCUGGUUAAUUUUGCUGGUCCAAAAUCAGAUGUUUAUAUCAGGAGAAGGCUCGAUGCCUGGGGCGAUAGUGUUAAAUUGAGAUACGGAGACGAACCUUCAGAUUCGCCAUUCUUAUGGGAUAUGAUGAGAAAAUACGUAGAAUUAACUGCAAGCAUAUUUGACGGAGUGAGGUUAGACAACUGUCACUCCACUCCUCUUAAGGUGGCUGAAUACCUGGUGGAUUGUGCCAGAAGGGUACGACCAAACAUCUACGUAGUCGCAGAACUUUUUACUGAUACUGUUGAAAGAGACCAUUUAUUCGUCAAUAGAAUCGGAUUAUCAUCCCUAAUCCGAGAGGCUAUGAGUUCUCCAGAAUCAUUCAAGCUAGGAGAAGCCAUUCAUAGAUUUGGGGGAAUGCCAGUGGGUAGUUUCUACCAGCCAAACGUUCAACCUUUGUCUCCAAGCAUUGCUCACGCCUUACUCUUCGAUUUAACCCACGACAACGAUUGUCCCAUUAAAGUCAGAUCAGUAUUCAACUACCUACCUAACGCAGCCUUAGUCAGCAUGGCCUGUUGUGGUACAGGGUCAAAUAGAGGUUAUGACGAACUUGUGCCUCAUAAAAUAAGUGUAGUAGACGAAACUAGAGAUUAUGCUGAAUGGAGCUUGGAAAAUGCGGAUAACAGCAUAUCCUUGGAUUGUGGAAUAAUCAGAGCUAAAAAAGCGCUCAACGAGCUCCACUUCAAAUUGGGAAUUGAGGGUUUCAAUCAGGUGUAUGUUGAUCAAAUGAACAGUGAUGUAGUCGCAGUAACCAGACAUUGCCCAAAGACCCAUCAACGGUACAUUCUCGUAGCAUACACUGCUUUCGAAACUCCAAAACAUGAUUGUCAAACAGGCAUCAGACCGCUUAUAGUUGAAGGUGUACUCGACGAAAUCAUAUUAGAAGCUAAUUUGAGUCAUUCAGAUUUAGGUAACGGAGGUUUUAGAUAUGCCGGUGCCAAGUAUUUCCAGAUGAGUGACCGUUACAUAAACGGAUACACGGAAUACGACUUCAACAUGAGGCAGAAUAUUCAGCUGGAUGAAUCUGAAGUUUUCGAGAAGAUACCAUCCGGUAACCCAAAUGAGAUUGCUCUACAGUUCAAGAACUUCAGACCAGGAUCGAUUGUGAUCAUCAAAGUUUCACUCCCAAAGGUUGCUUCGGAAGCUGUUUCUGAAGUAAGAAAAUUAACGCAACAAUUUUCGUAUGUUCAGGAAACAGACUUGAAACGUAUAAUUAAAAAAUUGGAACUGCGUGAUUUGAACAAAGUGUUGUAUAAAUGCGACCAAGAGGAACAAGAAGAGGGAUUUUCGGUAUACGGUAUACCAGGGUAUGGAGGACAAUUGGUCUAUGCUGGGCUUCAAGGUUUUAUAUCGCUAUUGGCUAAAAUAAGGUCAACUAACGACUUGGGGCACCCUAUGUGUGAAAAUAUAAGACAAGGAGAUUGGAUGAUUGAUUAUAUCUACCAGCGUUUGACGUUCGAUGAAGGCACUCAGGAAUUAGGAGCUUGGAUAGAGGAAAACACUAAAUGCUUAAAAGCCGUACCCAAAUAUAUGAAACCAGCCUAUUUUGAUCUUAUUUUCACAGGAAUCUACGUGUCACUGCUAGAACACGCUUACAAUUCAUUGUCCAGCUUCGUGAAGGACGGAUCUAUGUUCGUCAAGGCUUUAGCGAUGGGAUCGAUCCAAUUCGCGGGCUACGUAAGAUCCGCAGACUUGCCAAGGUUAUCUCCAAAUCUAACACCUCCAAAGCCUCCCUCAAGAAUAGAUAAAGAUUGGAAAGAAACGGAGAUCUGUGUUUCUUUGAGCGCAGGUUUGCCCCAUUUCUCCGUUGGUUACAUGAGAAACUGGGGAAGGGAUACUUUCAUCUCGCUCAGGGGAUUACUUCUCCUGACUGGAAGACACCAGGAAGCCAGAUACAUUAUAUUGGCUUAUGCUGCCUGUUUACGACACGGUCUUAUACCCAAUCUUUUAGACGGAGGACGUAAACCUAGAUACAACUGUAGAGACGCCGUCUGGUGGUGGCUGUACUGCAUCAAGUGCUACGUCGAGGAGGUGCCAGGUGGCGCUUCGAUCCUCGGGGAUGAAGUAUCCCGGAUCUUUCCAACUGACGAUUCCCCACCCCAGCAACCCGGUGCAAUGGACCAAAGUCUGCAGGACGUGAUGCAAGAGGCUUUAACUAGACAUUUCCAAGGUGUGACUUUCAGGGAGAGAAAUGCAGGCAGGGAGAUAGACGAGCAGAUGACUGACAAAGGUUUCAACAAUCAGAUUGGGGUUCAUCCGGACACUGGAUUCGUGUUCGGUGGGAAUGUACACAAUUGCGGUACGUGGAUGGAUAAAAUGGGCUCGUCAUCCAAAGCCGGCAACAAGGGAAAACCGGCCACGCCCAGAGAUGGCUCCGCCUGCGAAAUUGUAGGCCUAUCCAAAUGCGUGAUUUCUUGGCUCGUGAAGAUGAACGCCAAAGGGCUGUACAAGCAUAGCGGCGUGGAGAGAACGCACUCUAGCGGCCAAAAGACGAAAUGGAGUUUCAAGUCUUGGGCGGACAAGAUACAGCAGAAUUUCGAGAAAUACUUCUGGGUGAACGAGAAGCCCUGCGAGGGUGAAAACGAUGUUAAAUUGAUAAACAAGAGGGGCAUCUAUAAGGAUUGCCACGGUUCCACCCAAAAGUACUCCGAUUAUCAGCUGAGAUGCAAUUUCCCGAUAGUUAUGGUGGUGGCUCCGGAACUGUUCGACCCCCAGCAUGCUUGGACCGCAUUAGGCCAAGUUGAGAAAAUCCUGUUGGGGCCACUCGGUAUGAAAACAUUAGAUCCAGAGGACUGGGCCUAUUGUGGUGACUAUGACAAUUCCAACGAUUCGGCAGAUUCCAAGGUCGCCCAAGGAUUCAACUACCACCAAGGACCGGAAUGGCUGUGGCCGAUUGGCUUCUUCCUUAGGGCCAAACUGUAUUUCGCUGCCAAAAAUGGAAAAUUAAAGGAAACCAUCGCUGAAACUAAAUGCCGACUAUCCAGACAUUUCACAGAAUUACAAACUUCAGACUGGAGGGGCUUGCCCGAACUGACAAAUAAAAAUGGAUCGAAGUGUGAAUAUAGCUCUGCGACACAGGCUUGGAGCAUGUCCUGUGUUCUAGAAGUUCUACAUGAUUUGCCAAAGAUCGAGUCAUCUAUCCAGUAAUUAAUUUUUUUUAGAUUUUAAUCAAUACUUUGUGAUAGGCCCGUUUUAAUUUUGUGAUUGAUGUGUUCUAUAUUAUUAUAUUCUCUAUAAUUUAAUUAUUGUAGUUAUAGGUAAAUAUUUUUAGAGAAAUGAAUUUAUCAAGUUGCAAUUUAACAACAAUAAAAAAAAUUAUAAAAAGUC